AUCGCUUCCAUUCAGUUGCUUCCAUUCCUCCUAUUCAUGUGUAGAAUUUAAUUCGCGUUAUUAUUAUAUUUUGAUUAUUAUACCAUAAUGAAUGAAUCGGUUAAUGAAGAUAUUGGUGGAUAUGAUAAUGAACUUUUAGCUUUGGAUGCACUUUUGGCAGGCAUUGAAAAUGAAGGAUUAAAAACGAAAGGAGUUGAGAAGAAUGUGGUAAAUAAUAUCCACUCGAACGAUACGGAUAAAGUUGAAUACUGCCUUGAAAGCAAAUUCAAUAAAUAUGGUGGCAAUAUAAUUCAACCUGUAUCCCAGCCUUCUGAAACAAGUGGCUCACACCUGAAAGGAUCAUGGCUCAGUGGGCGGGAAGUGUCAACUCCUACUGACCCUGUAUUUGGUUUGCGAAUUAUUAAUCCUCAAAUUUCUACUGCUCUGCUAACGGAGAGAAUGGCUAACCGGAAAGCUGUUACGUUCAAAGAAUUACCUAAGUAUAUAUUAAAAGAUUUGACAAGCGAUUGGGUGAUUGCUGGUGUUAUAUUAUCUAAGGAAACGAAGUGUUCUAAAACUGCCAAUCCUUUUUCAAUUUGGAAACUCUCAGAUUUGCAAGGAGACAUUAAAACGAUAUCGGUUUGUUUGUUCCAAAAUGCACACGAUGAAUUGUGGAAAACUCCAACUGGAAUGUGUGUAGCCAUUCUAAACCCUUCCUUAAGUGAAAACAAUAAUUAUAACAGGGAAAUUGCUAAUCUGUCUAUUGACUCUUCAAAUAAAGUUUUGAUUUUAGGAAAGUCUAAAGAUUUAGGUGUAUGCAAAAGUAUAAAGAAAAAUGGAGAGCACUGUAAGAAUUUCGUAAACGUCAGCGAAUUUGAUUUUUGUAUUUUUCAUAUGCGAAAAGAAUAUAACAAAACUACUUCCAUUAAGAAAAACGGAAGACUGCUAGCCAGCAAUAUUAAACUUGUAGGACUGGAGGCAAACGCAUCUGCCAUGCAAAAAGCUAUUAAUGUGAUAAGGAAAUGUCCUAUUGAAAAAGUAGAUCCUAAUUCAAUUCGCGGAACAAAAGAAGGUAAAAAACGCGCAAUGGAAGUUCUUCACGAAAUGAAUGAACCAAACAAAAGAAAAACUGAAGAAACCUCUAAGAUUCACUUGACGGAUAUUUUAGAAAGAAAUUCAACGCACAAGGAAUUUAUAGAUGUUCGACAGAGAGAAGAAGAAGAGAAAUAUUUUAAUAGACUUGAAAAAAAAGAAGCAAUGGAAAAAAAAAUGCUAAACACAUAUGAACUGCCUUGCAAAGCUGUUAUAUGUAGAAAUUGCGAGUAUACCGCCUUUUCCGCGGCUGAUCGCUGUAAAGAAGAACUGCACAUUCUGGAAAUAAUUGAUGCUGUAAAGCGUUUUUUUCAAUGCAAAGACUGUGGGAAUCGUACAACGUCUCUUUUUAAAAUUCCAAAGUUUAGUUGUAUGAAGUGCACUGGCUCAAGAUGGGAACGUUGCGCCAUGUUACGGGAGCGGAAAGUACAUGAUUCCUCCAAAGAACUUUCCGUAAGAGGGGAUGAAGAGAAAUUUUCGCGAGGCAAAUCGAAAAUGAAUAUCAACCUGCUACUGCCAAUAGAUUAAAAAUAAAUAUUUGUAAAGUUAUUGAGGAAUAUGUUUGAUUUAAUCAAAAUUGCUUGUUGUAAAAUACAUUAAACCCGUUGUACAACUUUCAAUAAAGAAUGAAAUGCAUUUAUUAAUUGUGAA